AUGGCUACUGACUGGCAACCCGAGUGCCUUGUCACUCAGAACCAGCAGUCACUGGAUGCUGUUGGAGGUCAUUCUGAUCGAGCUCUUCAGAAUACCACUGGGAAUGUCCAGUCUUAUUCGGACCCGUUGGCUCAUGCUGAUAUCACUGCCCGUGAGGAUCCGCUCCAUCAACUUGGCUACAAGUAUCCUCCUGCCCCUCAUGCUCCUCAAUCCUUGUCGGCGACUGGCUUGAAUCAUCCGCAUGUAGCGGCUCGGCUUCAUCAUCGGAAGCUUCGCAGACUUAACUCGGUUACGCACAACUCUCAAAGUCGCCGGACACGAAGCAGCUACCUCAAGUCUCACAAGUACUUGGAAUACCGUGCUCGCCCUCGUCGUGAUACUGGGAAGGAUGGAGAGCCGGUAUGGUCUGACGAGUUAGAGGACGCUUUCCAGCAGGCCCUCGAAGCAAACCCUCCCAUGGGUCGGAGAAAGUGGUCUGAAAGGGGCAAAUCGUAUGGCCGCAACGAGUUGAUUGCCGAGUACAUCUUCAAGUUGACCGGCAAGCGGAGGACCCGCAAGCAGGUGUCAAGCCAUCUGCAGGUCCUCGACUCUUUCCUGAAGGGUGAUCCCGAUUGGGAGCGACUUGUCCGUGAGUCAUCACCAGAACGCUCGUCGAGUGUGCAUGGGUCAGCACCGGCUCCCAAAUGGAGGUCGGCAGUCGAGCACCCUUCGGCAUCCAGUCACUACAGCAGCCACGCACACCCCUCCUACCAUGACCACAUGAGAUCCAUGCAACCAUACGCUGGAGAUCUCCCACCGCCACACUAUACCCUUGGGUCCAAUCUGCAGGAGGCUGCCGCUAGCACCAUUCAUGGCUUUAGCUUCGACAUGUGGGUCAGCGCUCCUCAGCAGGCCAAUGGCAUUGACAAGGCAUUGCAUGCAUACACUCGUUUACAGGGUGAUCUGCACCACCCCGGGGCACCAGCCAUGCCCCUUGAGCAAUUGAACGGGUGGCGGUCUUCUUUCCCUACACUAGCUUCCAUGGUGGAUGACAUCAACAACCCCUUGGAUUGCGAUAUCAUUUUGUUAGAAGUGAACCUGGAGCUCAUGACCGAUUUCCCUCCUGCGAGAUCGCGUCUCGGAAUCCAGCUCGACCUUGACUACGGUCACCCCACUGCUGGUGAUGUGUUGGGAGUUAGCCAAAUGGACAACUGGACCUGCCGCACGCAUAUCUAUGAAGAUGGCCAGAUGAUCCGAGAGAGUUACCACGAUCUACCCAAAACCCAGUCGACCAAGGUCAAACCUCUCUUCGAAUCAUCUUGGUGGGCUCAGCUGUUCACUCACUUCACUCAAGAGAAGCGUAUGGCCGAGGACUCGGGAAAUCCCCAGGCUGCUCGCGACGCUGACAACCAAACCCGUAACCACUUGCGCUCAUUGACUGCUGUACAAGAGCUUCGUGCUACAUCGCCCAGUGCUCGCCGGCUUUCCAACCAAUACCAAGGCCACCACGGCGAUGAGAGCAAGCGCAUGGCCAUUCUCGCCUGGAAGUUCCGACAAACCAAGCCUGGCGAAGUUGGCACAACUACUUGGAGGCGACUAAUUCCGGCGCCGGACCGGACCACAACCAACAGCCCGCGCCCAGCCUCCGGUGUUGAUCUUCCUCCCCUCUCUCUGGAUUCUAUCCUUCUCAACAAAUCUUCUCACCAAAGUGUCUACCCGGCCCCUCAGCCCCAUGACCUUAUCCACCACCCGAGCCAAUCCCACUCGCAAUGGCCUAUGUACCAACCAUCCCACCACAACAACAUGGCUAAUCUCUUUAAUUCUGCCGACCAACUCGACUUCAUGACGUCCAUCAGUAAAGCCGAAGACAGCCUCAAUGAUAAAACCGCCGUCACCUCCGUGUUGGACUCAUUCUCCGCCAGCCUUGCACCAGAGAACAUCCCAUCCACAAGCCUCCACAGCUCUAGUGGUGCACCGGUCAUGCUUAAUCUGCAUGACCUACCGCUCUCCCACCCAGUAAUGGGCUACCCAAUGGGUCACGAGGCGUCCCACUACGUGCCCCCUCAACAGCACAGCGUGAACAUGCACGACAGCAACAGCGUGCUAGGUUACUACGGCUCUAACACGCAGCCGCUUGAUGAUCUCAGUCACGGCCAGGCCUCCUGGGGUGCACACUCCACUUCCAUUCCCGGAGAUGUCGGCGCCAGCAGCUACCACCUCCCCUACCAGGCGGAGCACCAUGGACAUGGAUCCGUGUCGCGCGAGUCGCAGCAACCACACCAUUUCGACGGAAUCUUGCCAUCGGAUGAACUAAUGGAUAAGAUCGUCGGGCGCAUUUCCAAUGGUCCCAGCAUGCAUGGGGCGGGCCCCGAUGCGUACGAUAACGCCACGGUGGAUGCGGUAUAA